AUUGAGCUCCAGCAGACACAGUGAGAGAGAAUGCUGUUGUCCACGGCGAAUCGCUAGUUAUCAUAAACAUGUCCAGUUGAUGGCUCAUGAGGAUGUGGAUAGGGCCUACAAAACAUUUUGACGGAUGCCAACAGCUUAAAGGACGCAAAAUUAUUUAUUAAAAUGUCCUUCUACGGUACUUCAGCAAAUCUAAUCUUGCCAUAACUUCUAGGUAGGCAAAUCAAAAGCCGCACCGGUAUACGACAAUUAGUUUCUGAAGAAUGAUUCCGAUGAGAAAUAAGGAAAAGUCUGAUGUGUCAGACACAAUGAUAUCUCCUUACUUCAUCCUCUUCUUUUUGAUUAAUAUCUUACCCUCACGUUGUUCUAAAAGCGAAGAAGAAACAUAUGUAAUAAUACAAAUUCCAUAUCGUAUGUUAAAACGACUGAAUAGUAAAUCAAUUACAAUACAAGUUCCAGAUACACCAAAAAACUCUCCUGAAGAACCUUCAAAAGGAGCAUCGAGUAGUGACUAUAGUUUGUUAAAAAAUAAAGAAAAUCACCAAGAAGAAAAAGAGACUGAAGCUGAACCUGAUGAUAAAAAAACGAACAAGCAUUUCAGCUAUCUGAAUGUAUACGGACCAGAGGUUUACGAGUUUGGUUACCGUCAAGGAAAUUCGGGUCAUUUUAUGGAAAGAAAAGAAGCACGAAAGGGUCCAACAUCACGUGUAGCUGUCAGAUGGGGAGAUCAUAAAUCUGGUUAUGGUGAACAUUAUUGGGACUUUAAUCAUGGAGAGAAAGAAAACAAAGACGACUAAAGAAGAGAU